GAAAGAACCCCUUCGCCCCGACAGACGAUACUGAUUGAUAGCGGGCGAUAGCAGUUAAAAUACUCGGCGGCACCAUGUUUAAAAGCAAGCACCGCUCACCGGGCCACGAGCACCACCAUCAGGCACUGAACCGGUGUGAUUCGAUGGGAUCCUUAGGACACCGUACACUGUUACAGUACCUGGAAACAGAUGAUCUGGCUGGAAUGAAAACAUUCCUGGGGACCCGCCAACUGCAGGUCGACGAUCGGGAUGAGAACAACACGACGGUGCUGAUGCUGGCGUGCGGCCGUGGAGCCUCCCACUUCGCAAAGGAACUGCUAGCCCGCGGUGCGGAUGUACAGGCGCAGGAUCUGGACAACUGGUCCGCACUACACUUUGCGGCGAAGGCCGGUCACGUCGAUAUUGUGGAGCUGCUGCUUGAGAAUGGGGCCGAGCUGGAGCAACGCGAUAUGGGCGGCUGGACCGCUCUGAUGUGGGGCUCGUACAAGGGCCAUACCAGCGUGGUGGCACUUUUACUGCAGCGCGGGGCCGAUGUGCAGGCACACGGCAACUAUCACCUGAACCCCCUGCUCUGGGCAUCCGGUCGCGGUCACACCGAGAUCGUGCGGCUGCUCGUGAACACCGGGGGAGCUAAGGUGAACGUAGGUGACAAGUAUGGAACAACGCCCUUGGUGUGGGCCUGCCGGAAAGGAAAGGCGGAGAUCGUGGACAUACUACUGAAAGCGGGCGCGAACGUCGAUACGGCGGGAAUGUACUCCUGGACACCGCUGCUGGUCUCGGUCAGUGGAGGUUUUCAGGAGUGUGUCACCCUGCUGCUGGAACGCAAACCGAACGCGAACGCCCUGGAUAAGGACGGUAUGACCGCGCUGUCGAUCGCGUGUCGCGAAGGCCAGACGGAGAUAGCGUCGGCAUUGAUCGGUGCCGGAGCGUACCUGAACGUGCAGGAUCGGGCCGGUGACACACCGCUGAUCAACGCCGUCAAGGGGGGCCACCGGAGCGUGGUGGAGAUACUGAUGAAGCGUCACGUGGACGUGGAAAUACAGGGAAAAGACAAAAAGACUGCACUGUACACGGCCGUCGAGAAGGGGCACACGGCGAUCGUGAAGCUGAUACUCCAGUCGAACCCGGACCUGGAGCUUUCUACCAAAGAUGGCGAUACGCCGCUGCUGCGGGCGGUCCGCAACCGUAACCUCGAGAUCGUGCAGAUGCUGCUGGAGCGGAAGGCGAAAGUGGGAGCAACCGACAAGCGGGGCGAUACCUGCCUACACGUGGCGAUGCGCGCCCGCUCGAAGGCGAUCGUCGAGGCGCUGCUCAGCAACCCGAAGUACGGUCAGCUGCUGUACCGGUCGAACAAGGAGGGCGAAACGCCGUACGCGAUCGAUGCAACCCACCAGAAGACCAUCCUCGGGCAGGUGUUUGGCAAUCGGCGACUCAACGCUAACGAGGACUCGGAGGGGAUGCUCGGGUACGGGCUGUACUCGUCGGCGCUGGCCGAUGUGCUGAGCGAACCGACGCUAACCACCCCGAUCACGGUCGGGCUGUACGCGAAGUGGGGCAGCGGGAAGAGCUUUCUGCUGGCGAAGCUGCGCGAGGAGAUGAAAACGUUCGCUCACGCGUGGUCCGAGCCGUCGAUCAACGCGUCCUGGCUGUUUUUUCUCAUCUGCCUCCAUCUGGCCAUUGUGAUCGGGACCGUGGUGGGGCUCGCUACGUGGAGCUACAUUUGGGGCCUGUCGACGGCCGUCACACUGCUGCUGCUCAUCUACUUCCUCGACAUUCUGUUCAAGUUCCUCGAUCGCCGCUACGACCUCGAGUGGCUGUACGCGGUGAACCACGGCAUGUCGCGGAAGCUGGGCCGCUUGCGGUUGAUUCUGCAGGUGGCGUUCUGCCAUCCGCCGGGCCCGCAGAACGAUCAGCAACCGAUGCCGGUGCGGUUUCAUUUUGCCGAAGCGAGCGGUGCGGCACCCAACGGCGACGCCGCCAUUGCCUUGAUGUUGGCGUCCUUGUUCGAUGCCAUCGAAUCCCACUAUGGCUCGUUGGCCACAGGGUUAUAUCGUGCCUUUCGACCGCGUCCUUUAAAAGCAAACGGUGGCUGGAAGUGGCGUAAGAUGUGCUGCAUGCCCGUGGUGAUCAUGUUCGAGCUCGGCAUACUGGGUAUCCUGGCGACGGCGUCGCUCUCCAUCAUCUACUCCGAACACGAGCUCGAGGGCCGUGAGGAGAUAGCGGUAACAAUCUACGUGUUGCUCGGUUUUCUUUUGGCUGGAGCCAUCGCCAAUUUGCACGCCUGGUCGAAGCUGAUCGGUGCUCUUUUUAUGUCGCAAGGAAAGCACCUGAAACGGGCAUUCUCGAGCAACGAGGCCGCUCCUCUGACGGCCCUCGGGGCGGAAGUGAGCCUGAUGGCCGAUAUGGUACGGUGCCUCGACGCGUUCACCAGUCAGCAGAGCCGCCUGGUCGGGGUAGUCGAUGCGUUGGAUUCGUGCGACACCGAGCGCACGCUCACGAUCCUGAAUGCCAUCCAAACGAUACUCUCCGGACCGCAACGUCCCUUCGUAUUGCUGCUGGCGGUUGAUCCGCACGUCAUCGCGAAGGCGGCCGAAGCGAACAGCCGACGCCUGUUCACCGAAGGCGGUAUCGGUGGUCACGAUUUUCUGCGCAAUCUCGUCCAUCUUCCGGUUUACCUGCAAAACUCGGGCCUGCGCAAGGUACAGCGGGCACAAAAUACGGCCCUCAACGCGUACCGUAGGGCAAUGCCGGACAUGGGCCGGGAAGACGAUCAGCCCACCGGCAGCCAUUUGGGCCACUCAGCUUCAGCGCGCCGACUGUCGAACGCGUCGGAGAUUAUGUCUUCGCAGGAAAAACUACGCGCCAUGCCAAGCUCUUCACGGGGUGGCAGCAAGAAGCUACGCGUUUCGGAUUCCAUCGCCAGUUCGAUCGGUUCGAAUCUGCACAAGCUCGGCCAAAACCCACCGAUGGACCUGUCGAAGAUCAUUCUCACCGACGAUUACUUCAGCGACGUGAAUCCGCGCAGCAUGCGAAGGCUGAUGAAUGUGAUCUACAUCACGGUACGCUUGUUGAAAGCCUUUCAGAUUGAAUUUAGCUGGUAUCGAUUAAGUUCGUGGAUCAACCUCACGGAACAGUGGCCACUGCGUGCUAGUAUGAUCGUGCUCGAGCAUGAUCAAGCUGGCGACAGCAUCGAUGACACAGUUUCACUUCAAACAGUGUAUGAUAAAGUCCGUCCUAAGCUGACGUGCCUGCGAGAAGCCGUGGCAUUGCUGGAUCUCGAUCGAGACGAGCGCAAGUUGGACGCCUUUUUGCAGCUACACAAAUCGGAUCUGCUGGUAUCGGAUCUGCGCAUAUUUUUGCCCUUCACGAUUAACCUCGAUCCGUACCUGCGCAAGGUGCUCAAAGAGGAUCAACAAGCGAUGGAAGACGAGGGAAUCAUCAUACCGAUGAAAAGUGUGCUGCCACCGACGAAGCCGACCGGAUUUGCGCACGUCCCACGGCACCACCAGGGAAGCAUCCUGCAUCCAACACCGCACCACGCAAGCAAUCUGGCGCAUUGGCCAAACUUUUACAACCCACAACCGACGGCAAUGGCACUGAUGAACUACUACAACCAAAAUCUGGCCAACCUGCUUAAUCCGAGUCCCGGGGCACUGCUGAAUGAAACACUGCCGGGUAGAAUCAUUGUGGAACGCAACGAGCAUGAUCAGCAUUCCAUGGCUGGCGCAGGGGUUUCCGGUGCACCGGGGAAACCGAAGGGAGGCUCGCUACAUCAGAAGCCAUUGAAUACGAUGGCUCCGCCACCGAUCGACAUCGACCUGUCGAACGUGCAGCUCUCCAGCCUGACGGUCGAACAACUGAUCGACCUACUGGGGCAAGUGAGCGAUCUCAAGCCCGCAAUGGAGCGUACCGGUCCUAUUUUGCGCGAAAACUCCAUCUCCGGUCGUGUGCUGAUGUACUGUAAUCUGGAUGAGCUGAAAUCGGUCCUUCAGCUGAGCUUUGGGCACUGGGAAAUGUUUAAGCUGCUCAUAACGGCACUGCGGGAAUCGAACACCGCCAGCCAACCGCCGCAGCGGAAGCUUUCCAAGACCACCAGCUUCGCCAAGGGUACGGGCGACUCGCUCGAGAUGCAGGAACCGCAUGCCCAACCGGCUGCACCGUUCGGUUCCGCCUCGAGCAGCUUCCAGCCGAUUCGACAAAAGUCGCAGAACCUGCUGGAGAAACAGCAGCCGGCCAAAGUGCAUGAUUACGAAUAUCUUCAGGUGACGCUCGAGGAGCAGAUGAUUUGCGGUGCGCUGCAGACGCUGAACGAGGACGCCUUCGAGGACGUGGUCAGCAGCGAGCGGCCCAGCCCGACCGGUGAGAUGUUUAGCCAGUUCAGCCUGGCGCCAAUUCGCGAGAGCUCGGAAAUCGGUUCACCGCCGCGUUUCACUUACAAUCUUACUAACCCAAACCUCGCCGCCCUGGCCACCAGCAAUGGUACGCUGAAUGGCGACGACGGCGGGGUGGCUGGCUACGGUAAUGAGGGAGACUGUGAGCUGCACUUUCCGCUGCCUCGGUCCGUCGGCCACAGCCGCUCCCACAGCCUGCACGAUGGCGAUGGUGGGGCAUUGACCAGCGUCGUGAUCGUUCCACCACCAUCCAUUCUUGGCCACUCGUCACCCACCGUUACCACCACCGGCAGCAUCAACGACACUAAGCUCUAACUCAUGGUGAAUCGAUUUGCCAAGCCGCUUGCAACCGCGGCACCCGGUUUCAGCAUGCAUGGCCGGUUUGUCGUCGUUGUGCUGACUGUUGUUACUUCCGUUGUGUCGUGUGCCGUGCUGUAACUGCUGUUGUUUUUGCCGUGGCUUUCGUAAAACACCCUACACUCACGCAAAUCACCAGAGAUGAGAGUGGCACGCAAGGAUCACUGACAAACGUUACCAACCGAUGGCGUAGGAGCAGCACGCGAACAAAGCAAGAAGUAUUUGUUAAAUGGUUUCUCUUAUCGAGGAAAUCGGUACAUCCAAAGUGAUACUACAAUUAUUGCCACUAUUACUAGCGAGUUUGUUUAGCGAUUAGUUAGAAUCGUGGAGGUAAACAAACAUUCCCUUAACAGAAUUGAUACCACUUCCCUUAGACGAAUUGAUGAAUAAUGUUAGGAUACAACAAAAGUGAAACGAUUCACAAACACACGCGCCCCAAAACCACGUAGAGACCAAUUUAUGAUCGUGUACUUAAAAACAAAGACAACACCAGGUAGAACGAGCCGUUUUUCCUGGGAAAUGUGUUAGAGUUUUUUUUUGAAAAACAUUACCAAUGAUAAGCAUAGUGAGAGAAACGUUGAACUGUUUAGGCCAAUUGUAUGUUUAGCUAUUCGAGAAAACUUGUUUCAAUAAAUCCACGAACCGCGGCUGUACAGAGAACCAAGAGGUACGCGGGAAGA